AUGGAUGGGUUCGGGUCGAGCAAUGGGUACGGCGGCGGCGGAGGCGGAGGUGGAGACCGGAGGUUAGAGAUUGUGAGUGGCAAGGGCUUUAACUCGAACCACGUGUACGCCACUCGGAUUGACUCGCCGGAUCUCCCACCGGUUCCGUACGCGAUGGCUCGGGCGAGUCAGGACGGGUCGUCGAAACCGUGGGGCUUCAAUGACCCGGAGGUGAAGAGGAAGAAGAGGAUCGCUCAGUAUAAGGUUUACACGGUCGAAGGUAAGGUCAAAGCUUCGUUCAGAAAUGGGUUCCGUUGGAUCAAGGCUAAGUGCUCUCAGAUCGUCCGAGGUUACUAG